AUGCCCCGCCCUCGCUCCCUUUCGCUCUCCACCGCCCGCCCCCGGGCGCGUUCCGCGCCCCUCUACUCCCCUCCCGGUGCGAUGUCCAUCAAAUCCCUCAUCACCACCGACAAGCCCAUCCGGUACUCGCCCUACUACUCCUCUAGGCUUUCGUUCUCCAGCUCAACUUCCAGCUCCCGAUCCCGAUCCAGCAUUUCCAGCGAGGACGGGUGUACAAGCGGCUCUGAUAUUUCCAGGGACCAUACCAGAUCUCCCAGUCAGUCCUCGGAGCGCAAGAUCGGCUCUCUCGCGCUAGCUUCCGCUGAUACCACACCCAUCGUUGCCGACCUGUCCCGCCUGGCGCUCACCAAGGCGCUCGCCCCUCCUCCUCCUGUCCGAACCAAACCGGCCACUCGUCCAGGCCACCGCCGCACCCAAUCUCUCGCCGCCCCCCCUUCCUAUGGUUUCCUGCUCCACCCCCAAACAACCCCUACAGCCACCUCAUUCCCACACCGCCGCGCCCCACUCUCUCCUCGGUCCAUCACCGGCUUCCGCACCCCCAGUCCUCCUGUUUCACGCGUCCUCCCGGCUCGGGACGAGGCCAAGCAGGCUCCGACACCCCUCACGCCGACCCGCAAGGCCACGUUCGACCGCAUGAUGCUCGUCAACCCGGCGAUUGCGGCGCAUCUCAGGCGAGGCGGGGCGGUGAACAUGCGGACGCCGGAUGGGGCGAAGCGGUGGAGGGUGAGGUUGCAGCGUGAGGGAGGGAAAUUGGAGGGGGUGAUGGAAGAGGGCGAGAAGAGUCCGGGGAUCAUGGUUGGGGCGUGCUGA